AUGGGUUCCAUUCCGACACCAAUCAAGAAGACCUUUGAUGUCCUCAUCAUCGGCUCUGGUCUCUCUGGCCUUGCAAGUCUCCACCAUAUCCGCAAGCAGAUGCCCGAUUGCCGUGUCCAAGUUCUCGAUAACGGCGCGGACGUCGGCGGCACCUGGUUCUGGAACCGGUAUCCCGGAUGCCGCUUUGACUGCGAGUCCGUGUCUUACGGGUACUCUUUUGACAAGGAGCUUUUGCAGGAGUGGCACUGGAAGGAGGCCUUCUCUCCCCAACCCGAGACACACAAGUACAUCCGUCGCUUCGCCGAGAAGAACGACUUGUACAGCCACAUCCAAUUCAACACAACUAUUAAGUCCGCACGCUGGAGUGACAGCGAUCGUACAUGGACAUUUGUCGACCAGGAUGGAAAUCAAUAUGUCACCACCUUUUUCUUGAGCUGCAUCGGCUUCCUCUCCACGCCAUCGCUUCCUGCUAUUUCCGGCAUUGAGAACUUCAAAGGCCAGUCUUUCCACACUUCUAGGUGGCCAGAGGACCUAAGCUUGAGCCGCGACUUUGCUGGCAAGCGCGUCGGUGUCAUUGGUACUGGCGCAACGGGUAUCCAGACCAUCACCGCCCUGUCGAAGGAGCCCAGCAUCAAGUCUCUCAACGUGUUCCAGCGCUCGGCGACCUGGACCGUGCCUCUUCGCAACUAUGAAAUCUCCGAAGAGAAGAUGGAAGAGUUGAAGAACAGCUACGAUGAUAUCUUCAAGAUCUGCCGCUCUACUCCGUCCGGCUUCAUGCAUAUGGCUGAUACCCGCAAGACUAUGGAGGUCUCAGACGAGGAGCGUCUGGCUCUUUGGGAGAAGCUCUACAACGAGCCAGGCUUUGGCAAGUGGCAGGGCGUGUUUAGCGAUGCAUAUACGGACCGUCAAGCCAACGAGAUGUACUCCAAGUUCAUCGCCGACAAGAUACGCCAAAGAGUCAACGAUCCCGAGGUUGCAGAGAGCCUGAUACCCAAGACCUACGGUUUUGGUACCAAGAGAGUGCCGCUCGAGAGUGGUUACUUCGAGGCCUUUAACCAAGACAACGUUCAUCUCAUCGACUUGAAGAAGACACCAGUCGCCGAAGUUACCUCAAAGGGCAUCGUGACGUCGGAUGGCAAAGAGCAUGAGCUUGAUAUUCUCAUUUAUGCGACCGGAUUUGAUGCCAUCACUGGCUCUUUCAGUGCGAUUGAUUGGCAAGGCAAGGACGGUCGUCCAUUGAUCGCACCUAGCGGAACACCCAAAGGCGAUAAGGCUGUCUGGGUUGACAACAGGCCCUAUACCUAUCUUGGCAUGACGGUCCCUUCCAUGCCCAACAUGUUCAUGGUUCUCGGCCCGCAUCAGCCGUUCGGUAACGCUACGCGAAACAUUGAGCAUGCCGUGCAGGUAGUUGUGGAUCUCUUGAAGUACUGCAGGGAGAAGGGUUACACGUAUGCUGAGGCUACGGAAGAGGCCGCAGAUGGAUGGACGGAGCACGUCUUUGAAUGCAGCAAGGGCUCUUUGGUCAAUGAGGUUGACAGUUGGAUGACCGGUGUCAACACCAACAUUAGGGGCAAGCAGGUUCGAAGCGUGGUAAGAUACGGCGGUUCAGCACAAGAGUUCCAGAGAAGAUGCAGGGAAGUUAAAGAAGCUGGAUAUAAGGGUUUAGUCUUGGCUUAG